AUGGCGGAGACUAAAACUGGUCAAUUGAAUUUACCUAAAUCUGGUCAAGUUGAGGAAGAUACAACGAAAUUACAAGCCGGUAAUAGAUCACCUCAUACUUUAAUGGCUGAUCAAUUCGAAAGUAUGGAAUUUGGUGCACCUGAGGGUCUUGAUAUUUCAGAGCCAGCUAAAUCACCUACGCCUUCAACAACACCUCAGAUCUCUCAAUCUCAAUUGUCCGCUGAAUCAAAAGAUACUGCUCAAGUUAUUACACCAUGGGAUGUACAAGGUGCUGUCGUUGAUGGAAAGAAUGUAGCAGUUGAUUAUGACAAGCUUAUUGUUCAAUUUGGUACAAGAGCUAUCGAUAACACACUUUUAGAAAGAUUUGAGAAGCUCACAAACCGUAAACCACAUUUGUAUCUUAGACGAGGAAUGUUCUUCUCCCAUAGAGAACUCGACCGUAUUCUCGAUCGUUAUGAACAAGGAAAGCCUUUCUACCUUUACACAGGUAGAGGUCCAAGUAGCAACAGUAUGCAUUUGGGACAUAUGAUCCCCUUCAUGUUCACCAAGUGGUUACAAGAAGUAUUUAAUUGCCCACUGGUCAUUCAAUUGACAGAUGAUGAAAAGUUCUUAUUCAAAGGCAAUUUAAAAGUAGAGCAAACACAAGGUUUUGCAAGAGAAAACGCCAAAGAUAUUAUUGCACUUGGUUUCAACCCGGAGAAAACUUUCAUCUUCUCUGACUUCGAUUUCGUCGGCGGUGAAUUUUACCACAACGUUGUUAGAAUUUCAAAGUUGAUUACAUACAAUCAAGCAAAAGCAGCAUUUGGAUUCAAUGAAUCAGAUUCAAUUGGAAAGGUCCAUUUUUGUUCAAUACAAGCUGCACCAUCAUUCAGCAACAGCUUCCCAAACAUUUAUGGAAAAAAACAUGACAUACCUUGCUUGAUUCCUUGCGCUAUUGAUCAAGAUCCUUACUUUAGAUUAACACGUGAUGUAGCACAAAAGCUCAAGUACCCAAAGCCAGCAUUAUUACAUAGCAAAUUCUUUCCAGCUUUACAAGGAUCACAAACUAAAAUGAGUGCAUCUGACACGAGUAGCUCCAUUUAUAUGACUGAUAAACCAAAUGAAAUUAAAAAUAAAGUAAACAAACAUGCUUUCUCGGGUGGUCAAGCUUUAGCAGAAGAUCACAGAAAAUAUGGUGGAAAUCCUGACAUUGAUGUUUCUUAUCAAUAUUUAGGUUUCUUAUUAGACGACGAUGAAGAGUACGAGAGAAUUGGCAAUGACUACCGUGCUGGUAAGAUCCUCUCAGGUGAGAUGAAAAAAAUUUGUAUCGGAGAAUUACAGAAAUUCGUUGCAAACUUCCAAGAAUCUAAGGCGAAAGUUUCAGAUGACAUACUGAAGAUUUUCAUGGAUCCAUCCAAAACUAUAGACGGCUUUGAAGGUUUGACACCACCACAAUCAAAGUAA